GCUCUUCUUCUCCUUUCUUCCCGCUGCAGCCCAAAGAGGGGAACCCGGCACCAGCCUUUGAGAAACCGGUGAGAUAAGCUUGGUUUUGGCCUUCUUUUCUUGUUCUAGGACUGAAAUUGAACCCAGAAUUCUUUCCUCCCCUCUGCAGAAUCCGGAUCUGCUCUGCUUUGCUCUGUCCUUCUGCCGGCUGCUCCUGCUUUGUGGGGGUGAUUUGCUCCGGUUUUGGACCCGUGAGCUUCCCCCUACACUGCCGCCGGCUUCUCCCCCUUGCUAGGCCCGGUUCUGCAGUUGCUAAAUUCUGGUUCCUGAUGGUUCUGUCAAUUUAGCACUGAGAUCGAGCCUUUGGUUUUAAGCAAGUGAGGUAAGUAAAUUAUGGUAACGCCUUUUGAUUUUAAAAGCAUGUUUUGAUUUGUUUUUGAAAUGGUGGCGGGACUAAACCCGUUUUAUACAGAAAUGAGCAUGAUUGAUUUGAAAUGAGAUUUUGAUGUUUUUCAUUAAAUUGAGCAUGCCUACUUGAAAUUUAAUUGAUUGUCCUGAUGAUCUGAAAGUGAUUGGUGAAUUAUGUUUUUCUGUUAACUUCAGCCUGUUUUGUCUCCGAUGUGAUCAUGUUUCUGUAAUCCUGCUAGUGGGGGUUAAACGCUAGCACAUGUCGGCACAUGUCGAUAUGUUAUUGAUAAUCCUGCUAGUGGGAGUUAAACGCUAGCACAUGUCGAUAUGUUAUUGUAACCCUGCUAGUGGGGGUUAAACGCUAGCACAUGUCGGCACAUGUCGAUAUGUUAGUGAUAGAACCAGUUCGUACAAGUGACCCUGCUAGUGGGGAUUAUACACUAGUAAAUCGUGUGCCUGCCAGUGGGAAGUUUAAUACACUGGCCAUGACCUAUAGAGGAGACGUCUAUUUCGUUCCCAUACUGUAUCCGUUUUGCGUGAUUGCACAUGUUGGCAUGCUAUAAGUUUAAUAAGGGGCACUCCAUAUUUACUUACUGAGUUUAUCUCAUAGUUUUUCCUUGUCCACCAUUUCAGGAAGUGAAACCGAGGACGGGGAAAUCACGGGAAGUGACGAGUUAGAAGGCUAGCCAUUUCGAGAUUGAUAUAGAUUUUAGAUAUAAAUCAUGAUCUUGUAAAUUAGAGUGUAUUUGGAGAUUUUAUGGUAUCAGAGUAAAAUUUAAAGAUUUGA